AUGCUGGAUGGCAAUAUUACCGAGGACAAUGACCAUCUGACAUCAAGCUACCGAUACUAUCGAACACUUUUGGAACAGCAAGCGCAGAUCGAUCACUCGAACAUCUUACGACAUCGGGCGGACGCUUUGUUUCGUGCCUGUCCAGGUUUGACGAGCAUGUGGGUUACCUAUGGUGAUCCGAUAAGCACGAUUUGCAACAGCAAAUCGUUCCAGAAAGGUCUGGUCCUUCCACACGAUAAUCGUGCCGCCAAUGUUGACGAGGGAAUCCUCGCGCCUAUACAGCUGCUCUUGGCGGCUGCCGAUAGCGGGCGAAAGUUGACUACGGUUGUCUUCGGAAACGUCCAUUACAACUUGCUGCUACAACCAGCCAACAUCCAGUCGAAGAUCGCCUCUGUCAUGGAGCGCGUGGAACAGUUUCAAUGGGACAUUGGGGACACUUUCUCGACAUGGAACCCUAGCAACGGCGAAGAAGACGAUAAUGGCGUGAUUAACGAUGCCGGGGACGACUUCGACGAGGACGAGGUUUACAACAUGUAUGGAAUCUUCGCGCGUGGCGCAUUCCUCACAUUCUUGAGCAAGUUUCAGGUCUUGCGAGACCUCGCGGUGAGCUUGCCAGGGAUGAGCUAUAGGUUGGCGCCAAUCGAAUUGCGUCAUGUCGUUGGCGGCAUCCACUUUCCAUUGUUGGAGGCGUUCUACAUCUCGUCCGUGCUAACGACGUCGGACGAUCUUAUCGGGUUCCUCCUGAGGCAUAAGGAGACUCUCAAGCGCCUGCGCCUAUGCGAUCUUUCCAUGUCGACCGAUAAGGAUGACUCAUGGAAUUCCUUCUUUGCCGGCAUUGCUGGAAAGCUCCCUAAACUCGAGCUUAUUUCUCUAAGAGGAAUAUUCAGCCACUACCCUCAAACUCCAUGCUACGUCUUCGGUUGGUAUGCACCUGCCUCCGACGGCACGCCAUUCACAACCAGGAUGGAACGUUACGUCCUAAGUGGGCAGGGCGAGGUCCCGCAGCAGGCUUCCAAUCCUUUGGAUGAAUCCGAGAGGGAGAAACGGCUCGGGUCUGCUGCUGUGCCAAAAGCCCUUCCUUUGACGUGGAAAGCCGACGCAGAACUUUCGAUACAAUAG